AUGACGCCUCGGAGAGGUAUGAAUUCGCAAUUGGAAAAGCUGAGGCAAAAAGCCAUUCAGAAAAACAAAAAAGCAGGUCGUCUGCUGAAAAAAAUAGAUAGAGAACUGUCCAAAAGAAAAACUAACCUUUCAAAAGUCAUGGCUUUUCAGAAGAAAUCAACCAAAUUAUUAAAUCAAGCUCUGAAAUAUGUUAACAAGCGGGAAAAUUUAAAACGAUCGGGGAACUUAGAGACCCCUAAGGCAGUCCAUUUUAACGUGGAAAAAGUGUCUGAGCGCUUUGUCAAAAAGUUUGGUGCUACCUCAUGUGUUUAUCGUGCUACCAUGGCUAGAUCUGAAGAAAAUAAUAGCGUUAAGCUAAAGAAUAUUUUUGAAGAACUUGAUAGUCUCUUCACCGAAACUAUAGAUCAGGUAUAGUAACAAAGUAAUUGGCGUACAUUAAUUUAUCGAAUUUAAAAAUAAGAUGAGAAAAUCGUUUUUUGAUGAGAAAUUUGAACAAGUCUUUUUUUUCACAGGUUAAAACACAAUGUGACUUACAGAGACCUCUUGAAGAUAAACUAAGGAUCAUGGUUAGAUCCGACGCUCUGAAAGCACCCAUAAGUACAAGAUUGUUACCUGCGAUUCAAAUGACAAGCAAUAAAAUCAUGUCCGAGGUGACCAAGGUGUUACAGAGCAACGAAAACAUUCCAUUGGACCAAUCUUUUACCGUUGACAUUGUAGCCGUACGUUCUCCAACUGCUUCUGGUAAAUCUCUUAAGGUUUUAGAUUAUAAUAAAGAUAGUUUAAUUAAAAAAUCGAUUAUAACAAUUAGGAAUAGAGAUACACUCUGCUGUGGCCGUGCUUUAGGUGUUGCACGCGCUUUGGCAGAUAACCAUCCUAAAUUAUUACAGUUUAAACAAGGUAAAGCAAUUCAAAAAAGAGUAGCGUUAGAAUUAUAUAAGAAAGCUAAUAUUUUACCUGGUCCUUGUGGCCUUCGUGAGGUGUCGAAGUUCCAAGGGGUUUUGCCAGGAUAUCAAAUUGUAGUUAUAGACUUUAAUGCACGAAAUACUGUCAUUUAUGAGGGUCCCCGUCGUGGUAAGAAAUUGAUUUUGUAUCGGUGCGGUGAUCAUUUCAACGUUAUCAACCCUAAGAGGAUUCCAUCUUUCCACGGCAAACGAUUUUUCUGUGAAAAAUGUAAGUCAUUUUUUUCGAACUACCGUACACAUCCGUGCUCUGAUCCGUGUCACACUUGUUUGCGUAAAGAGUGCCUUUUUGUUUCAACUGAAAAGAAAACCUGUCCGGACUGUUUCAAGAUUUGUCGUUCACUCGCAUGUUUUAAUCAUCAUAAAAAAAAUCGGACGUCUAAGGGGAUUGAUCUGCCCUCCAUUUGCGACAAGUCGUUUCGAUGUCAAACAUGUUUUGCUAAUGUUGAACGCAAACGACAAGACGAGCAUCGUUGUGGGGAAAAUGUAUGUCGUAUCUGUAAAAAGUAUGUGUUGUCCGACCAUUUAUGUUACAUGCAACCUGAACAACCAAAAACGCCAAACGAUAAACUCUUAUUUUACGACUUUGAGACAGAUUUUUCUGAUGGGGAGCAUGUUGUCAACUUUGCUGUGGUGCAGUACGCUCACGGGACGGAGUUUGUGUUUAAGGGGUAUGAUGCUUUGAAUAAAUUUUGCUCAUUUUUGUUUUCCAUGGAUCAUAAGGGUUAUACCGCAAUUGCACAUAAUGCUAAAGCGUUUGAUGGUGUAUUUAUACAGAGGUGGUUGAUUGAAAACAGGCCUACAGCCAACAUGCAUGUCAUUCACUCGGGACAGAAAAUAAUGCAAUUGACGGUAAAAGAUUAUAACAUUCGUCUUGUUGAUUCUCUUAACUUUUUGCAAAUGCCUUUGUCAAAGUUUCCGGAAACGUUUGGUUUAGAUCCUGCCAAAUUUUCCAAGGGUGACUUUCCAUUUAAAUUUAACACCCGUGGAAAUCAAAAUUACGAGGGGCCUAUGCCUGCGAUUGAACACUACAGUCCUGAUACAAAAUCAGAAAAAGAUCGUGAGAAACUUAUAACCUGGCAUGAAGAAUUAGUAAAAAGUAAUUAUGUUUUCAACUUUGAGCAAGAAUUGUACGUCUAUUGUUCUCAAGAUGUUACAAUAUUACGCUUGUGCUGCUUGAAAUUUCGUGAUUCUUUUUUGUCUGAAACAAACGUUGAUCCUUUUUGUUACUGUACUAUUGCCGCCUCAGUCAUGGCUGUUUAUUGUUCCAAAUAUCUGAAAAAAGAUACGAUUGGUAUUGUACCUAAAAACAUGUAUCGCGGUGGAAAUAAACCUUUUUCUAAGAGUUCUAUUGAAUGGCUAGAAUUUGUUUCAGUUCAGACUAACUCGGUUAUUCAGCAUGCUGUUAACGGUGGCGAAAAGAUGAUUUUUGACAAUGUUUUAGGAAAAGUUUAUCAUGUUGAUGGGUUUUGUGAGGAGACAGGUACGGUAUAUGAGUUUUACGGAUGUGUGUAUCAUGCGUGUCCAUUGUGUUUUGACCGUGAAAAUAAUCAUCCAUUUCACAGUCAGCGUAAGAUGGCUGAUGUGUACGAGGAGACCAUUGCAAGACAAGAGAGAUUACGGGACUUAGGUUACACUGUUAAGACAAUUUGGGAACAUGAUUACAUCACACUUAAGGAGACAAACGAAAUGAAACAUUUUCUGGACAUGUUUGACAUUGUCACUGAUCUUGAACCGCGUGAUGCAUUUUUUGGUGGGCGGGUCAAUGGGUUUAAGCUAUUUCGAGAUGCCCAAGAAGGUGAAACCAUUAAUUUUUCAGACUACUGUUCCUUGUAUCCGUUUAUUAAUAAGUCAAAAAAUUACCCGACUGGUCAUCCAACCAUCAUUCGAAAGAACUUUCAAGAUAUUUCGAAUUAUUUUGGGCUUAUAAAAUGUAAAGUUUUGGCACCGGCUAAACUCUAUCACCCUGUUCUUCCAGUUCGUGCUAAAGGAAAACUUUUUUUCCCUUUGUGCAAACGGUGUGUCAUAGAUAAUUCUUCUGAAUGCCGGCAUUCAGAGGAAGAUCGAGCAUUUUGGGGCACUUUCUCGACGAUUGAAGUGCUGAAAGCCAUCGAGAAAGGCUAUAAGGUUGUGAAAAUACAUGAGGUUUGGCACUUUGAAAAUUCUUCUAGUGAAUUAUUUAGUGAAUACGUGAAUUACUUCCUUAGAAUAAAACAAGAAAGCUCUGGAUUCCCUGACUGGGUUGAAACGCCUGAGGAUCAGGUGAAAUAUAUUAACAACUAUUAUGAACAUGAGGGAGUGCGUUUAAGGAUAGAUAAAAUAGAAGUUAACCCGGGGCUUAGGGCUUUUGCGAAGUUAUGUUUGAAUAGUUUGUGGGGAAAAUUUUGUCAAAAAGAUGGUAGAUUAAACACAGAGUUUGUCAGUGAUCCACUGCAUUUUUAUAAGCUUCUUAAUGGCGCUGAUGUAGAAAUGCAUGAUCUGUGUAUUUUAAAUGACGAGCUAGUUGAACUGAUUUAUAAGAGAAAGCAUGAGUACGAAGUAGAGAACAAGUUAACAAAUAUAUUCAUAGGUAUUUUUACUACUGCUUGGGCAAGAUUGGAACUUUAUAACGUAAUGGACUUAUUAGGAGAAGAUGUUUUAUAUGUUGACACUGAUAGUUGUAUGUAUGUUACUAGACCAGAUGGUCCUAAACCACCCUUAGGGGAUUAUCUAGGAAAUUUAACAAACGAGAUAACUCCAAAGCAUGGGGCGGGAAGUUACAUAACACAGUUCGCAUGUGGGGGUCCGAAAAAUUACGCUUAUGUAGUUAGCAAUGGGAAAAAAUGUUGUAAGAUACGAGGGUUUACAUUAAACUUUAAGAACAGUCAGAUUCUUAAUUUUGAUUCGAUGAAAGAUGCUAUAUGUAAAUACGUAAAUGGAUCUCCCAGCGUAGACAAGAAAAAAAGGAGGCAAAAGGCAGAUAGUUUAGACGUUAUAAACGAAUGUAAAAUAACCAGAGAAAAAUGGAGUCGUCGGCUUGUCAACAAACGAGAAGUAAAGUCGUAUCAAGUGGUUUACGACAAACGAAUCAUCCUUGAUGAAGGUGAAGACACUAUUCCCUUUGGAUACCACUGGGAACCCUCAACUGUUUCUACUCAGGUUCAACUCGUUUCCCAGUUAACGCAAACCGUCCCCAAUCAUAUACUCUUCACGUUAGUUCAACCCCCAUCCUCUGUUUCGAGAGUGGAACAACAGAUGAAUGAUGACAUAGAUCGUGGUGAUGCCUCUGAUGAAGAUACUAACUCGAGGAACGCGAAUAAUUAUUGUGUGGAAUUUGAUAUAGACUUGAUUGCAACCGAUGAUGAAUGCGAUGUAGACUAUGAGUCAGAAAAUGACUAUGAUCGUAGUUUUAUCAAUGACAAUGAAAUGUCGGAUGAUGAAAACGAAUCUUCUUUCUAUAGACGUGUCGACAAUGACUCGUAUUAA